AUGGCAUUCUUUGGCUUCCGCGCUUAUCCCACCCCGGUACUCAAGCCCAUGUGGCCAUUCUUCGUCGCCGCCGGUGUGGUUUUCUACGGUAUCAACAAGCUGCAGGAUGUGGCUGUCUCGACCGAGGAGGCUUCCAAGGACCCUCGUAACCCUUACGGCCAGAAGGUGCUGAAGGCAGCCCACCACUAA